AAAAUUUCAAUAUGUCGAUCCGCAACAUACAUGUAUAUAGAUACGGUGAUGAGGAAGAUGACAGCCCGACUACGGAUAGCGAGGGGAGCAUGGAGAGCGUGCGGAGCGAGUGGAGCGAGGGGAGCGACUCAGAGGAAGAAGAGGAGCUGCCGCCGGCAGGCGAUUCGGAUGGGUGGGACCUUCUCCUGCUGGCCACAGUGGCGCUGCUGUUCCUGGUCCGCUUCUGGCACAAGGACUACCUCCAGUACCUUGCGGCGUCCAUUAGGCCGCCAGGGCCGGCCCUAUCGGGAUCUGCUUGGCCUUUGUACACGGGACUCAUGUGGUUCACUUCGGCGGUCCUCUACAGGCUACUCCUGAUGCGGGCAAGAGUAUCCGAGUGGGAGCGUUGUCAAGGGCAGCGCCAGCGUCGAUUGGAAAAGCCGGAGCGCCGCUUUAUGCGGCAGUUACGGCUAAGUAGCCUCCGCUGA